UUAUUAACAUUGUUAUCAAAAUUAUUUUAAAAAGUUUUAAGUGAUUUUGUUGUGUUUAAAUUAAGUUCUAAUUUUUUUUUUGUAAUUAAAAAUGUCAAAGAGACCGUUAAAUCUGGAUGAUGAUCAAUUGUUUGCAUUGAUGAAGUUUAAGCGUGUAGUACAUGAUGUCAAGAAACCUCACCACGAUGACUACUUUCUUGUAAGAUGGCUUCGAGCACGUAAUUGGAAUGUAGAGGAUGCUGAGAAAAUGUUACGUGAUAGUCUAAAAUGGCGUGAAAAAUGGGAAGUUGAUACCAAACUAGCCAAUGGUUGGAAAGCUCCAGAACAAUUAAUAAAAUAUUAUCCAAGUGGGCUAGCAGGUCAUGAUAAAGAUGGCGCACCACUUAUUGUUAUUCCAUUUUUGGAAUUGGACAUUUAUGGACUUUUACAUACUGCAUCAAAAGAAGAUAUGAUAAGACACACUAUUCAAUUGUUAGAAUAUUAUUUAGAUUUAGCUGCCAAAUCUGGUGAAAAUAAAGUCAUGGGUAUCAUUGACUUAGAAGGUUUUAGACUUCGAGAUUUUACGUAUAAACCCGCUGCUGAAUUUGCGAUAUCAUUAAUUCAAAUAUAUGAACAAAACUAUCCAGAAAUUUUAAAAAAAUGUUUCAUUAUCAACGCCCCAAAAGUAUUUGCCAUUGCGUUUUCUAUAGUUAAAAAUUUCCUAAAUGAUUAUACUUUAAGUAAAAUUCAAAUAUAUAAAGCAGACCCAAAAAAAUGGAAACCAGCACUUUUAGAACAUAUUUCAGCAGAUCAAUUGCCAGAAAUAUAUGGUGGUACAAUGGUGGAUCCAGAUGGUAAUCCGAGAUGUGUUUCCAAGAUAAAAUUGGGUGGAAAAAUUCCAAAAGAAUUAUACGCCAACAAAGAAGAUUUACUUGAUAACAAUAAUGAUUAUGUACACGCUACGGUUAAAAAAGGUGAAAAGUUAAAAUUAGAUUAUAUUUGUGCGGACCAAGGCUAUAUUUUAAGUUGGGAUUUUAAAACCGAUGGCCAUGAUAUAAAAUUUGCGAUUAAUCGUAUCGAUGAGGACGGAAAUAAGGAUAACGUUGUACCUAGUAAAAGAGUAAAUUGUAAUUAUGAUAGUGAAGUUGGAGUUAUUGAAUGUGUGGCCCCAUCAACUUAUACUGUGAUAUUCGAUAACACAUACAGCUACCUCAGAAGUAAAAAAAUUCAGUAUAAUAUAAAAUUAGUAGCACCAGCUAUUGAUUUAAAAAUUGAAACAUUACCAGAAAAUGGAAACAACAAUUAGUUAUUAAAAUUUUGGAUAAAAAUUAUUUAGUUAAUAUUUUAGAAAAUUAUACAAGUUGUAUAUAUUACACAUUGACAUUUAAAUUUCUAGAAAAUCAUUGUAUUUUAUUAUACAAAAAUAUAAGUUUGUUUUGUCAAUAAUAUGUAACUAUAGAGGGUGUUAUUAUAAAAGUGGGCCAAAGGUUAUGGGGCAAAACCGUAUAGUACCGUAUGGGCGCUGAACGCCAAACGUGAAGAUUUUGUUUUUUCAGAUUCGGGAAAACCCUGACGACAGCAUAAUUUUUUAUUUUAUUCUUUACCUUUUUUUGGGAAAUUUGUAAAUUCAGAUUCUUUAUCAUUAUAAAUAAAUUAUUUAAAUUUUUUUAUCUUUUGUUUUGCAAAUUUCGAAGAUAAGUUGAGGGAUUGCCAUUUUUCGGGUAUUUUCUUUAAAAUAUUUUUUGCGAAUAUUAAAAAGUCAAAAUAAUUACAAUUCGUGAUAUGAUAAAAUAUACACAGACAAGAAGAAAUCGAGCUACGAGCUGUUAAAUUCAGACCAAGACCAUUAUCUUGACGGCUUCGCCAGUGAUGUACUUAAAGUCUCCGGGGGAGGGGGCACAGGUACAAGUAACUAUUACAUUUAAAUGUAUUAAUGUACUUUACACACGAGACAAAGUUAUUUAUUAGUUAUGGAAGAAAAAAGUGAAAAAUUCGACCAUUUUGUUUCACGUUCAUUUCGUCUUUUCAUCUUUUGCCCAUUUUUUAGUAGCUCUCUCUGCAUAAAAUGUACGAAAUUACAUAAGUAUGUUUCUAUAAUCCAUCCAGUUUACGUUGCCAUCUUAAUCAAACAACAUCUUUCAACGGUUGUAAGAAAUGGAGCCGGGUAAAGAUCAAAAGGUUGUAAUUUUAUGGAACAAUAUGAUUUUGUAAGUGGCCAGGCGCAAAAUGUUCGUAUGAUUGUGUAAAACACAGUCAUAUUGACUAGAAAGAUUGAUUAUUAUCGUAUUUAAUAUUUUUCUUUGGUGAUAUUUUUAUAUAUUUUAUAA